AUGGGACAUCGACUCCGGGUUACCCAGGACCCCAAUUCCAAGCACGUGGGCACGACUGUGUGGGACUCCAGCAUUGUCGUCCUCAAGUACCUGGAGCGGCACAGUAACAAGGGGGAGUUUUCCCGGGCAAAGCUCAAGGGCAAGCGGGCCAUAGAGCUGGGGGCUGGCUGUGGCCUCGCUGGCUUGGGGUUUGCGCUGCUGGGGUGUGACGUGGUGCUGACAGACGAGGCGUUGGUGCUGCCUCUGCUGUUCCGCAACGUUACCCGCCUGCAGUCCCAGGCCGCCAUGGACGCUGCUGCUGACUCCUUCCUCGGCAGUGUGGGAUCAGUGGAGGUAGCAGAGCUAUGGUGGGGCAACGCACAUCACAUAGCCCAAGCCGGCCCGCCUUUUGACGCCAUCGUUGCCACUGACGUGGUGUAUGUAGAAGACUCUGUCCCGGCUCUCCUCGCAACCAUGCUUGCUCUCUCCCAUCCCCGCACUCCCAUUCUCCUUGGGUAUGAGUUCCGCUCGGCCACAGUGCAUGACCGCCUGCACGCAUACGCGAAGCAGAUGUUUGACGUCAAGAAGGUCCCUGCUACCAAGCUCCAUGCAGAGUACCAACACCCGUCCAUCGAUGUGUUCAUCAUGAAACGCAAGGCCGCGCCCACACUGCCUCCUGAACUCGCGGCGAUGGCCGGGCCAGCAGCCAGCCACGUCAGCGUAAGCGAAUUGCGCGAAGCGACGGGCGAGGAAAAAGCGACGACGCCACUCGCUGACGAGCCUUCGUCGUCGUACAGGCCGCUGGAGGAGCCUCUGCUUCGGCAUUCCCAAGGGCGCAACGCGGAAGGAGGACUGCGGGGAGAGCAGCAGCAGCAGCAGCAGCAGCAGCAGCAGCAGCAGCAGCAGCAGCAGCAGCAGCAGCAGUAUCAGGGCCUCUUGCCGACUCUCCUGUGGUGCUGCUUCGCGUGUCUUGGCGCCUUCUCUUUCGGAUAUGCGGUGGGCUACACCUCCCCCGCGCUCGCCUCUCUCUCCGCGGACCUGCGCCUGCCCCCCGCGCUCGCGUCGCUCUUCUCCUCGCUCAUAACAGUGGGCGCAAUGCUGGGGGCGGUGGGCGCGGGGGCAGUGGCGGAAGGGGUGGGGCGCAGGGGGGCGCUGGCGCUGGCUGCGCUGCUGCUGGCGGCGGGAUGGGGGGGAAUAGCCUUGGCGCAGUCGCUGCCUCUCCUCCUCUCCUCUCGGGUCAUCAAUGGCCUGGGUGUGGGCCUCGCUUCCUACGUGGUGCCAGUGUACAUAGCGGAGGUGGCCCCCCAUGCAUGGAGGGGCGCGUUGAGUCGACUAGAGCGUAACCUGUCUCCACCGCGCCUGUCGCCCCCCUCAUUGCACGUCGUCUCCCCUCUUCCCCACCACAUCCCGCAUUUCCCCCCUUCCUUCUCAUCCCACACACCCUCCCCGCCUCCUUAUCCCAUGCCUUCCCAACUCCUCUCCACCAUCCCAACUCCUUCGCGACCAGGAGCGCUGCCAGCUGUCGCUCUCCUAUUGGGCGUGGCAGCAGCGCCGGAGAGCCCUAGGUGGCUGGCCAGGCGGGGAGCGGGGCGAGGGGAGGUGCUGCGGGUGCUGCUGCGUCUGAGGGGUGUGCGUGCUGCUGCUGAUGCUGCUGAUGCUGCUGCUGCUGAUGCUGCUGAUGCUGCUGCUGCUGAUGCUGCUGAUGCUGCUGCUGCUGAUGCUGCUGCUGCUGCUGCUGCUGCUGCUGUUGGUGGUGGUGUUGGUGCUGCUGGUAUUGUUAGUAGCAGUUGUAGUCCUGCUGCUGCUGCUGCAGUGGCAGCUGAGUGUGAGGAGAUAUUGCAAGGCGUGCAACAGGAGAAAGGGGGCGAGGAGACAGGAGAAGGCUGGGAGAGGGAGGGCGGGAGCGGCAGUGGUGAAGCAGAGGAGGAAGGAGUGGUGGAGAGUGGUGGAGUGGGAAUGAGAGCUGUGGGAGGAGGUAAAAAGGGAGCUGGUAGCAAGGGCGUGUGGGACUUGUCAAAGGAGCUGCUGUUUGGACAUGCCAGAAGCCCGUUUGCGGUAUGCUGGAGGGGGAAUGAAUGCGCCCUGGAGGGGGAUGGACAUGACGUGGGAGCCCACACAACCCCCACACUCCCCUUUGAGUCGACUCAAAAGGAGCUGUGCGUGGGGCUGAUGGUGCUGCAGCAGUGUGCGGGCAUCAACGCCAUUGUCUUCUUUGCAGCGGCCAUCUUCCGCAACGCAGGCUUCACCAACCCCAACCUCCCCAGCUUCGGAAUCGCUGCCGUGCAGGUCCUUUUCACGGUCUGCUCAGCGCUCCUCCUGGACAGGGCGGGUCGUCGCGUGCUGCUGCUCCUCUCUUCCUCCGGCAUGGCCCUCUCCUGCCUCCUCCUCGGCCUCUCCUUCUACCUUCCACACGCGCACCUCCCCUUCCUCCCCGCCUCCUCCGCUCCCCUCCUGGCCUUCUCUGGCUGCAUGGCGUACAUUGUCUUCUACUCCAUGGGCAUGGGCGGCAUUCCUUGGAUUAUCAUGUCCGAGAUCAUCCCAGCACACAUGCGCUCGCUGGCAGGCAGCCUCGUGGUGCUCUGCAACUGGUCCCUCUGUUUCCUCAUUACGCAAACCUUUGCUGUGCUCUUUGCAUGGAGCUCUUACGGAACGGUGUGGCUAUAUGGAACGGUGGCUGCAGUAGGAGUGGCUUUCAUAUGGUAUUGUGUUCCAGAGACCAAGGGCAGGUCUUUGGAAGAAAUCGAGGCUUUCUUUAGACCUGAAAACGAUUCCUACCAGUAG